AUUUAAUUUCAUAUCAUGAUUGUCAAUACUCCAGAACAAUUAAUCUAAAGUAUCUUUCUAAAUAUUGUUAGUGUGUAAAGAUAAGCUGAUUUAAAUUAUGGAAAUCAAUGAAAAGAAUUAAUGGGAAUUAUUAACCAAUAAAAAUGGUUAUACAAUCCAUGUUAUGAAAAAUAUAGAAAAUGGAGUUAAAAUUAAUAGAACAUAAGCUUAAAUAAAUAAAGCACCAGAAGUUAUAGCUUAAUAUGUAGCUGAUUUAGAAAAAAGAAAAUCAAUAGAUACAAGAAUUGAAUAUGUAUAUCAUUCUCUUUAAUGUAGGCAAGUGUCCUUGAAGAAGUUGAUAAAGAUACUAAAUUAAUAUAUAUCAGAUUAAAGCCACCUAUUCCUUUUAUGAGUAGUAGAGAUUUAGUGCUAUAUUAAAAGAUAUAUAGAUUAGAAAAUGGGAUGAUAAUAGUUUGCUGUAAUAUUCUAUAUUAUGUUAAUUUUAGAAAGAUCUGUUAUUCAUUAAAAAUAACCUCCAAUUUAUAAUGUAGAAAGGGCUGAAAUGCAUUUUUUUGGUUGGAUUUUAACACCUUAAUAGAAUGGAUUUACAAGAAUCAUACUAAUUUAAUGUUUUGAUAUGAAAGGAUAAAUGCCUUAACAAUUAGGAAAUCAAUUUACCUAACAAUAAACUGAAUUAAUGGAGGCUGUCAUUUUAAAUUUAUCACAUUAAUGAAAUGACGACAAUCAUUUUUUUUAAUAAUAUAUAUAUUUUAAUUUAGAAUAUAUCAG